AUGAACAUCUACGCUAAUCACAGUGACGAGAAACUGAGAUAUGAAUUGGAAGAAUUCUAGUAGAUAUUACCUACUUCUGCAAGCUCAGAGAGGCGUAGUAUCUUAAUUGCAAACAUCCACAAGCAUUUCAUAAAUGAAUCAGAUGGCUCAGAUAAGCAAAUAGCUUUAACAGAUGAUGUCUACUAGACUUUGUUAGAGGAUUUGUUGAACUUGACUAGGGACUAAAAGAGUGUAGAAAAUAAGGAGAAGUAUUUCAAAGAAAUUGACACUGAUGGAGAUGGCUUGUUUAAUGAAAAAGAGUACAUUGAUUAUUUAGAUAAUCUGCUGAUUAAUAAGGUCAUUCCUGAAGUAGAAGCAGAACUAGGCAAAAGAAGUAGUUGUGACAAUACUAUUAUCCUUAAUUGA